AUGGUUGCUAAUUUCAUGAUAGUGGAGCGCAAGAAUGCCGGGUUACAGGUUCCAAAGGUCACCAACGUGCGAAGAAUCCGAAUCAAGUUUCCCCGUGGCCGCAUCACGUACUCUGUCGACCCUCUGGAUGACGAGAUGCAAGAGUUAUUCCCUGGCGCCACACGACUACUGUUCCUCAUCCAGGUAUCUCUUCGAGAUGGGAGUGAGGUCACAGUAGAAGGGUACGGCCUCCCCUUUGCCAAUCCUGGCCACCCUGGCGAGGGAUGGCUCAACAAGCCGAGGCCUAUUGUCGGCGGCAAGACUCUGAUCGACAUAAUCGAGCCGUAUCACUUUACUUUUGUGGUUCACAAGCCUUGUGAUGUGUUGCGCCGUGAUUGGCACGAGGACCAAAUGCCGCCACCAUUCUGUUACCCGUACGGGAUGGUGCACGAUUGGGACAUCAAGCGUUUCGACGACCUUAUUUGCAGGAACAAAGGGCACCAAUUUUGGCCCGCCUGGAACUGGGUUGCUCUUCGAUUCUGCCCAAACCUCAAUGACACUAAGCGCAAGGCAGAUGCUGUCUGCAGUCUGCAAAGCGGCCGACCACCCUCCAACUCGCUGACCCUGGAUGCACCCGAGCUGGACAACUACCCAGCAGGCAAAUAUACAGCAGCCGACGAACUCGAGUUUCGCAUGAGUCUUCAGCGGGCACUAGUCCUUGGAUCGGGCUUUUGGCCAGUGUUGCAAGCAUUCAAGGCAGCCCCUCUCUCGUCACCCAAGGUCAUUGAAGGACUUGAGGCUAGUACGACAAAGUUGCGCCUUGACGAGUCUGUACCGGUCACUCUGCCUUGCGUUCCAGAGGUGAAUCUACUGAAAAUUCAAGAUGCGGCCUUGACGGACGCUUUAAUGAUGGAGGUUCUUCCGACAGACCGUGCCUGUUUCCGCCAAUAUUUCUCCAAGAGGGCCUUGGGCCUUGGCCUCAUGACAGCGGGUCCAGGUUUUGGACAGACAACAGCGCUCUCUGCCGCAACCCUUGGCAUGGUAGAAACUCUUGGGCCUAUUUUCGCGAGCGCCCCGACACACGUUACUGUUAAUACCUUUGCCACCCGACUUUACGCUGUCAGUUCAAGCGCGACUGAGCGAUACAACAAGGGAAAGCGAGAGAAAUAUCGUAUUCUGCGCAAGCUCAUUGUACGGGGUUACAAUAAGGAGGAGUACGAGGCCUUCCAACGCCUGCUGCAACACCCCGAUGGUGCCGAUGACGCAGGUUCCAACCCCUGGAAAAGACCAGGAGCGUGGAGCCUGCAUCUGUCGAGAGCAUUUUGGCUGCUAGGGUGUCUACGAUCACCAGCGGCUCCCAGCAUUCAUCGCGAUGACAGCCUUACUAUUCGUCAGCUCCAAAACGAGCUCGACAAAGACGACAAGUUGGAAAGGCUCCGUGGCACUGCCUCUGGCGCAAUCAGCAGGGAGGAGUAUAUCAGGGGCAAGAUGGUCAACAAGAACAUCAUUGAAGGUCUCUUCAACCGAAUCUUGGAGGUUGCAGACAUUGUCUGCGCAACCCCGGCCCAGUCUUGCGGAAAGUUCUAUCGCGAAUGGAAAAACACAAAGGCAAAGGGCUUCGCCAUUGAUGAGGCUGUCAACAUGACUCGUCCCGACCUGUACUCGCUGCGGGGAAAUAGCAUGAUGCCUUGUGUUUUGGCAGGUGAUGAAAAGCAGCUUCCCCCAGCUGUCAUCACCCUUGACGAGAAAGACGGACAAGGCAACGUUAUCAACCGUCUUGGCCGUGACGCCAAGAUAUCGCCGCUUGAGAUGGCAAAGGGCCUCUUUGAUCUUUCCAAGCAAUUUGCCUACCCCGACGCCAACUGCACCUAUGGCCCAGGGUGCAGAAUUGAGCUCGAAACCCACCGUGUCGGUCGGGAUAUAGAGGCUUUCGCCUUUGUCAAAUAUCCCGAGCUGAACGCCGCUCCAACUGGUUCCCUCCAACCCAUCUUUAUCCACUGCGAGAAUUCGCAUUGCCAUAUCGGCCCCAUUACAAAGACCAAGGGUAACCGAGAUCAAGUCAUUGUCGCGCUCGACUUCAUUUUGGAUUUCGUCUCGAGCACUUCUGGCAGAGUUCAUCCCUCCCAGAUUGCCAUUAUAACCCCGUACGCAGCUAAUGUGGAUGUUAUCGAGGGCAUUCGAAAGGGCCCCGCGUACGCUACUCUCGCUUCCACGAAGCCGGCCAAGACCAUUUCCUCUUUCAGGGCCAAGAGAGUGAAAUCGUCGUCGCCAUCAUGGCCACAACGAAGCAAGCGGGACCCGGUAUGGCAACGGAUCAACAUUACCUCAACGUAA